UAAUACAGUACAGCACAUUAACACUGAAAUGAGAGAGAGGGUUAAUACAGUACAUUAACACUGCACUGAGAGAGAGGGUUAAUACAGUACAGCACAUUAACACUGAAAUGAGAGAGGGGGUUAAUACAGGACAUUAACACUGCACUGAGAGAGAGGGUUAAUACAGUACAUUAACACUGCACUGAGAGAGAGGGUUAAUACAGUACAGCACAUUAACACUGAAAUGAGAGAGGGGGUUAAUACAGGACAUUAACACUGCACUGAGAGAGAGGGUUAAUACAGUACAUUAACACUGCACUGAGAGAGAGGGUUAAUACAGUACAUUAACACUGCACUGAGAGAGAGGGUUAAUACAGUACAUUAACACUGCACUGAGAGAGGGUUAAUACUGUGCAUUAACACUGCACUGAGAGAGAGGGUUAAUACAGUACAUUAACACUGUACUGAGAGAGAGGGUUAAUACAGUACAUUAACACUGCACUGAGAUAGGGUUAAUACAGUACAUUAACACUGCACUGAGAGAGAGGGUUAAUACAGUACAGCACAUUAACACUGAAAUGAGAGAGGGGGUUAAUACAGUACAUUAACACUGCACUGAGAGAGAGAGGGUUAAUACUGUGCAUUAACACUGCACUGAGAGAGAGGGUUAAUACAGUACAUUAUCACUGCACUGAGAGAGAGGGUUAAUACAGUACAGCACAUUAACACUGAAAUGAGAGAGGGGGUUAAUACAGUACAUUAACACUGCACUGAGAGAGAGAGGGUUAAUACAGUACAUUAACACCACUGAGAGAGAGGGUUAAUACAGUACAGCACAUUAACACUGAAAUGAGAGAGGGGGUUAAUACAGUACAUUAACACUGCACUGAGAGGGUUAAUGCAGUACAUUAUCACUGCAUGGAGAGAUAACAAGAUGGCAGUUUUCCCUUAUUGUAUUUAACGCAUUCUCUGUCCUCUCACCCACUCUGCCUGUGUGCCUCCUCUCCCCGUCUGUCAUUUUUGAAAAGGAAAAAGCGAUGCCUUUCUCGCUGGCUUUGAUGUGAGGAAGUUCUUCUCUAAUGCAAAGAGCAAGAGCCAGUGAUGUAGAGAGAGAAAGAGGGAGGUGGGGGAGAAAGAUUUGCACCCUUUCACACUUCCUUUAGCUGUGCAUUUCAAGAUCAUUUUUCUGUCUGUUCCCUGCCACUUCUGCCACGUUCAUGGACAGCGAGGUGAUUAACAUCCUCCUGGCUCUGUUCCUGCUGGCUGUGGUGUCAAACUCCUACGUGACCACAAACGCAGCAACACUGCCACCGUCACCCUCUUCAUCCUCUGAGCCAUCUUCCUCUGCUUCCUCCUCUUCUCCCUCUUCCUCCCGGUCCCCACUUUGCUCGUGUGUCCCCGCACGCCCUGUGCCCAUUCGGUGCCCCCCCUGCCCCGCCCUCUCCCCGCCUCAGACCACCCUGCCCUCCCCAGCCACUCCCACACUGGCCUUCCUCAGCCUGAGGGGCAGCAAUGACCCCUGCAGUGGUGUGGUCUACCUGUACCUGGGCCCCACCCACUCAAAGCCGGUCUGUGACGGCAGUUAUCUUGGGGGCCUGCAGCCGUGCCAGGAGGCCCGGUGUGGGCCCCGCCUGAGCCCGGGCCCCAGUGGCGGGGCCAAGGAGCCAGGAUUCCACAUCCUGGAUAGUGGGGCCAUCAGCAACAAAACCUGCAAAGUGCUGCAGAUUCAGUGCCAAGGGUCUGCUCUUGACUCUGUCAGUAGGGAGCUGGCUGCUUAUAAGGUAGUGACCGGGUUGCUGUGUGUUAUGGUUUUGGUCAUUGUCCUGGUCCGAUUCGGACCACAAAUCUACACCACCGCCUGUAAGAGAUUGUUUGGGCGGAGGAAGAGGGAGUGGAUCGGACCGACGGAGAGCGUGUCAUUCAGGGUCCAGAGCACACUGUAUCCUAACAGCAAUGCUGACAAGAGGCUGUCAUACCCUGGUUUGGAACGAUUGACAGUGAACAACAGUAGAGAACCUUCGUCAAACCGCAACAGUGACUAUGAUUCUUACUGAACUUUGCGUAUCAUCACCAUCAACCUAUUCAUUAUUAGAUGUCAUUUUAUGUGUGUGUUUAUAUAAAAGAGUGGACUUUUCAAAAUAAAACAUAUUUUUUGGAGAAGAGGAAAA